GGAAAGGUGAGUGUUGAGUGAGCAGAAUACAGCUGAAGAGGUCUGCGAGCAGCUGGAGCGUCGUUGGGGAACGUUAUAUUUGUAUUCUCUCCCGAAAAGUCAACAUGGUGCAUUUGGACAUUGUAUUUGUGCUGGCCUGGGCAUUAUUCGUUCCUAUAACGUGCAGCAAAAAAACUUAUGGUGACAUGUUUCCUCACAAACACAAGUUCCCAUUUCCAUUCCCAAUCCCUGGGUGGCACCCGGACACUAACCCUUGGAACGAAAAUCUAUAUCCUCCCUUCAAACAAGAGCUGACGCACAGACAUGAUAACCCUCCGAGGGUGCGCCUCACGAGCGACAGUCCUGCAAUGAACGGCUCGAGCAUCUCAUUCACUGCAGCACUGGAGUUCCCGCCAUGCCAGAAAUUGGAUGCCAAUGGCAACCUGGUGUAUGACGAGCACUGUGAUGACGGUAUGAUGGAGGCCUCAGCCAAUGGACAGGUGCAUUCAGAGUAUGCGCUUAACUGGACAUCUUGGUUGGAUGACUAUGGCUUUGGCAAGUGUACAAAUCUAAAAAUGUGCAACGUUUUCCCUGAUGGAAAGCCUUUUCCCCAGACCAGUGACUGGAAACGUAGAGGGUAUGUCUAUGUGUGGCACACCAUGGGCCAGUAUUUUGAGACAUGUGAUGGCUCCUCGUCCCAUCUCACUCUGAACACCACCAACAUGACGUUUGGAGCUGGUGUGAUGGAGGUGAUGGUGUACCGUAAACGCGAGCGCAGAAAGUACAGCCCACUUUCUGCAGACAGUACUGUGUUCUUCAUAACAGAUAAGAUUCCGCUCUCUGUGAACAUUUCCCAGAAGGAAGCAGCCAACAUAACUGACAAAAAUGUCUUUGUCAGAGGGUCUGAUGUAAUAUUCAAAGUACAUCUCCAUGAUCCCAGUAACUACCUAAAGACAGCUGAUGCGGUAGACUUUAUUUGGGACUUUCGGGAUGGCAACCACUUGGUCACCCACAGCAAUGUGGCGACCCAUGCAUACAACACACUUGGAAAAGUUUCUGUCAAGCUCCUGGUAGAGGCAGCAUUCCGCAUUCCCUGCCCCCCACCAACUCCUACACCAAAGUACUUAACACAGGUUCAUACCACAGCAAUACCUACACUACCACCUGUAACCCAGGUUAUUACUAGCCAAAUGGAGACCACCAAGGCUAAGGUCAUCACCAAUCCUUCGCUAACUACCACCCCCCAUGUUCCCACAAGUGCUGUCCCAACAACAGAACCAUUCCAAACAGAUGCUGAGGUGACCUCUAACAAUACAGCAACUCCCAUACCUGAGACCAGCUCAGCCUUUGACCAGCCCACCUCACCACCCAUGAUCAAACACAGACACUUCAAGGACUCAGACUGUUUCCGCUACAUGUAUGGCUCCUUUGAAAACGAGAUCAUCAUCAUUGAACCUCCUCCAACUCUGUACAAUCCGCCACCCAAUCAGAUUUUAAAGGUGUCAGCAGCUAAAGUGUCCAACACAUCUGUGAACUUUGUUGUGACAUGCUUGGGCAGUGUUCCUUCAAUGGCCUGUACUAUAGUGUCCGAUUCCACCUGUCAGGAGAUCCAGAACAUAAUCUGUGAAGAUGUGGCCCCUAUAGGCAAAGGUUGCAAGAUCGGUUUGAAACGCAGCUUCCAAACGCCAGGCACCUACUGCAUCAACAUCACACUGGGAGUGCCCGGCGGCUUGGCUCUAGCCACAACCACAUCUGUAACAAUUGAGGACAGCCCAAACAAGAACACACCUAAAUCCUCCCACGUAGCCAAGGUAGUUCUAUCCUCCAGUGCUGUGCUCAUUUCAAUCUUUGCUUUCAUUGCCUUCAUGGUGUACAAGCGACAUAAGGUGUAUCGUCCCGUGAGAUGCUUUAUGCUUGAUGCUGAGAGAAAUGCUGGGGUUGGAAGUUUAAGCAAACUAAGAGCAGCACUGUUCCCAGCCAAUGAGGAGAGAAGCCGUUUAUUGACAGAGGCCAUUAUAGACUAAUCUGAGGUGUUGUAGCAACCAGUCUAUACAGUUGCUAUUUAUGUGAUGUAUCAGCUAAGCUGCAGUCUAUUUAUGAAAGACUUGAGUGAUCUCAUAAGGUAAAAUGGUUUUAAACGAGAUUACACUGGCAUAUUCUCCAUUUAGCUAAAAUAACAAUUUCAAAGUAAUCAGAGCAUUUUAGUAACUGUGAUUUGAUGUGAUAAUUAAUGUGGGAGACAGGACAAAGAAAGUUAUAGUAUUCAUGGGAAUUGUCAUGUUAGGUAAUGCUAUGAGAAUUUCCCUUCUAGAAAAAGUUAUGUUUGAGGACUGAAUGGGGGCACUUGUGGAUAAGGACCAGUUUCUUUUAGUUGAUGGUAAUUCAGGGCUUGUUUUUAUAAGAAAUCACUUUACUAGCAGGAUUUUCAAAAAUGUACUAGGCUGGAAAAUGUAUAUUAUUGCUAUGUUGCAUAUAGCUAUGCAUUGGUAUUGAUAAUUAUAAACAAUUUUGACAGCACUUGAGUUAAAAAAUUUUUAAGCUAUAUAUAUAUAUAUAUAUAUAUAUAUAUACACUAAUUAUAAAAUGCAACUUCUGUGAGUGCAGGACAUACUCAAACAUUUUAAUAAACUUCUAAACAACAAUCUGUUAUUGGUUUACUUCUACAGUAAUUAUCUGCCAUAUUUGAUAAAUUAUAAAAUUUCUAAAAUUAGGAACACAAGGUUAAAGGGAUAGUGCAAAUGAAAAUUCUCUCAUUUACUCACCCUCAUGCUAUCCCAGAUGAGUAUGACAUUAUUUCUUCUACAGAACACACACAAAGAUUUUUUAGAAGAAUAUCUCAGCUAUACAAUGCAAGUGAAUGGGGUUCAAAACUUUGAAGCACCAAAGCGCACAAAGGCAGCAUAAAAUCCAUAAAACUCCAUAAGGCCAUAAAACUGGCCUUUUAAUCCAGGUGUUCAGAAGUGAUCCAAUCGGUUUUGGGUGACAACAUACCAAAAUAUAUCUCCUUUUUCACUACACAUCUUGCCAUUGCUGUCUCUAGGCCCGAUCAUGAUUUCUAGCUCUAUUAAACUUCCUAGUGCUUUGCGCAGAGCGUUAGGAAAUGUAAAUGAGCUUGAAAUCAUGAUCAGCAAGGACACUGCUGAUGUCAAGGUUUACAGUGAAAAGGAACAACAUUUUGGUUUGUUCUCACCCAAAGCCAACUAGAUCACGUCAGAAGACAUGGAUUAAACCACUGGAGAUUAAACCACUGGAGAUUUAUGAUCGCUUAUGCUGCCUUUGUGCUUUUUGAAGAUUCAAAGUUUGUCACCAUUCACUUACAUUGUAUGGGCCUACAGCACUGAAAUAUUCUUAAAAUCUACAUUUGUGUUCUGCAGAAGAAAAAAAAGUGCCACAUCUGGGAUGGCACGAGGUCAAGUAAAUAUAAUUUUCAUUUUUGAGUGAACCCUUUAAUUAAACGCAAUACUCAAACGUUUAAAAACGGGUUUUCAAGAUUAGAUAAGGGUCAUAGAUGAACAUUAAACCGAGAUUAGUGACGGACUUCACACAAAUGUGUGAGUCACAAAAUCAAAUAAAUUUAAAAAGCUAAAAAUCAACCAUUAUGAACAGUGUGGAUGAAAAAAAAAAAAGGUAAAUAUUUGUAAACAAACCAUAACAUGCCCCUAUGAAUAGACCACAAACAAUGCUUGCUAGGAGCUAACUUGACUUUUAAUGAUUUGCUUUGUAUCAGAGGCAUUUGACAAGUGGAGGCGUGUGAGGGCGUACAAGCACGGUUGGAGGGGAUGUUGCUUAUGCUGAAUUCGGGAACACUUUUUCAGAACAUAUCAGAAUUCCAAAUAACAUUCCCACUAAAACAUGACUCACCACACAACACAGCCAAGAAAUUAAAUUGGAUCAGAAACCAGUCAAAAAUUUGAAAAACUGUAGCGUAAGACAUGAAAAGGGUAAAAAAUAAAUACUUCAUUGUUCAUAUUUUAAGAAAUUAAGCAGACCCUUGAAAAAAAAAAUUCUAGCCAUUAUUAAUCAGAUCCCAAAUUAAACAUUUUGACCUUUGAUACAAUACCUAUGCAUGAAAUAAAGCCCAAUACAAGAAAGCCACACCACCAAACCAAGAAGCAGAGAGAAAAAAAGCAAUAAGGUGAGGUUUCAAAUCAGUUAGCAGAGAAUUAAUUGCAGGCAAAAAUGAAAAUUUCUCACUCAUCUAGCCAUUCAUGAUUUUCUUUUUAUGAUAUUUAUUUUUCUGUGAGGAAAGAGGCAGGUGGGACAUGACCCUAUAGAUUCAAACAUAUAGCAAUAUGCCUCUAAUUUAAAUACUUUUCUAAUAAGAGGUAGAUCAAAAACGGUGUAAGAGAAGUGGAAAAAAAGUUAAACGAUCACUUGUGCCCCUCCAGUCAGCGCCAGGCGCGACGCGCAUACCCAGUGUGGAAAUGUUCGCGAGGGACUUGAGGUAUCGCUGCGCGCGCUGGAGGCGUAAGGUGAGACGGAAGGAUUUCCCGCCACCCACCCUUUCCUCAACUGAGGUAGACAAUGUUCUUACUAGUGUGGAAGCAUGGAUGCACUCUUUUACCACGAUCAAAUCAUAUUUACAUUCUGCAUGAAAACAAAAGGAAUAUUGGUUUUCUCAGAUUCUUUAUUCUAUUUAUUUCUUGCAAAGUUAAUUUUUUUUUGUUGCUUUUUUACUUUGAUAAACGAAGAUAUAAAUGAAACCAUUUGCGCGUCCAUCUUUGUUACUGCUUGUUAGCCCAGAGACACACCCUUUACUAUUGUAAUCUAUGCAAAAGCAUCAACACAGUGCAACUCCCUGACCCCUUACAUGCAUUGACUGACGUCGUUAAAGGGAUUUCACCCCAAAAUGAAAAUUCUCAUCAUUUACUCUCCCUCAUUCCAUCACAUAUGCAUAUGACUUUCUUCUGCAGAACACAAAUAAAGGUUGUUUAGCUCUAUAGGUCCAUUCAAUGCAAGUGAACGGUGGCCAGAACUUUGAAAUGCCAAAAAUCCCAUAAAGGCAGCAUAAAUGUAAUCCAUAAUAUUCCAGUGGUUAAAUGUAUAUCUUCAGAAGCCAUAUGAUAGGUGUGGGUGAUAAACUGAUCAAUAUUUAAGUCAUUGUUCACUGUAAAUUCUCCCUGCCCAGGUGGUGGCUAUAUGCACAAAUAAUGUGAAUCGCCAAAAACAAAUCAUGUAAAAGGGAAAGUAAAGAUUUACAGUAAAAAAAAAAAAAAAAAAAA